CACACCCUGUUUCUCUCAUAACACAUCCCCUCUUUUUGCCCUAAUAAUAAUCACUCUCUUUUUUCCGCCCCAAUCAAAAAUCGCCUCCAUCCACCCAUCACAACCACCGCCGGAAAAUGGAUCCACAGGUUCAACAAGCACAGCUCGCCGCAAUACUCGGACCGGAUCCGUCCCCAUUCGAAACCCUAAUUUCACACCUGAUGGCUUCAUCAAACGAGCAGCGCUCUCAAGCCGAACUUAUCUUCAAUCUCUGCAAACAAACCGAUCCAAACACGCUGUUUCUGAAACUAGGUCAGUUAUUGCAGCUUUCGCCGCACAUGGAAGCACGUGCCAUGUCAGCAAUCCUGUUGCGAAAACAGUUGACUCAGGACGAUUCAUUGAUUUGGAACAGGUUAUCUGUAACUACUCAAUCUUCACUUAAAUCUAUUUUAUUGAAUUGUGUUCAGAAUGAAGAAGCUAAAACUAUUAUGAAAAAGUUGUGUGAUACGAUUUCGGAACUUGCUUCGACUAUUUUGCCCGAUAACGGUUGGCCCGAGCUCUUGCCGUUUAUGUUUCAAUGUGUUUCCAGUGAUAAUGUUAAGUUGCAGGAGUCUGCUUUUUUGAUAUUUGCUCAGUUGUCGCAGUAUAUUGGGGAAAGUUUAAUUCCGCAUAUUAAGCAUUUGCACGGAGUGUUUUUGCAGUGUUUGACUAGUUCAGGUAGUGCCGAUGUUAGGAUUGCGGCGUUGAGUGCGGUUAUUAAUUUUAUUCAGUGUUUGAGUACGAGUGAUAGGGAUAGGUUUCAGGAUUUGUUACCAGCUAUGAUGACUACGUUGACGGAGGCUUUGAAUGGUGGACAAGAAGCUACUGCGCAAGAAGCGUUGGAGUUGUUGAUUGAGUUGGCUGGGACAGAGCCGAGGUUUCUGAGAAGGCAAUUGGUGGAAGUGGUUGGGUCUAUGUUGCAGAUUGCUGAGGCGGAGACUUUGGAAGAAGGGACCAGGCAUUUGGCGAUUGAGUUUGUCAUUACAUUGGCGGAAGCUAGGGAGAGGGCGCCUGGUAUGAUGAGGAAGUUGCCGCAGUUUAUUAGUAGGUUGUUUGGGAUUUUGUUGAGGAUGUUAUUGGAUAUUGAGGAUGAGGCAGCUUGGCAUACUGCGGAGAAUGAGGAUGAGGAUGCUGGUGAGUCUAGUAAUUAUAGUGUCGGUCAGGAGUGUUUGGAUCGGUUGGCUAUUGCUUUAGGUGGGAAUACUAUUGUACCCGUUGCUUCUGAACAGUUGCCUGCUUACUUGGCUGCACCUGAGUGGCAGAAACAUCAUGCUGCGCUUAUUGCUCUUGCACAAAUUGCCGAGGGAUGCUCAAAGGUGAUGAUCAAGAAUUUGGAGCAAGUGGUAUCUAUGGUUCUGAAUUCUUUCCAAGAUCCUCACCCACGUGUGAGAUGGGCUGCAAUUAAUGCAAUCGGGCAAUUGGCUACAGAUUUAGGCCCGGACUUACAACUUCAGUACCACCAAAGAGUGCUACCUGCUUUAGCUUCUGCUAUGGAUGACUUCCAUAACCCGAGAGUCCAGGCACAUGCUGCUUCCGCUGUGUUAAAUUUCAGCGAGAACUGCACCCCGGAUAUCUUGACGCCAUAUUUGGAUGGUAUAGUGAGCAAACUUCUUGUAUUGUUACAGAACGGUAAACAAAUGGUACAAGAAGGGGCCUUGACUGCUCUGGCAUCAGUUGCAGAUUCGUCGCAAGAACACUUCCAAAAGUAUUAUGAUGCGGUUAUGCCCUAUUUGAAAGCUAUAUUGGUGAAUGCAAAUGAUAAGGCUAAUCGUAUGCUUCGAGCCAAAGCCAUGGAAUGCAUUAGUUUGGUUGGAAUGGCUGUUGGGAAGGAAAAGUUUAGAGACGAUGCUAAGCAGGUGAUGGAAGUGCUCAUGUCCUUGCAAGGAUCACAAAUGGAGACUGAUGAUCCCACCACCAGUUACAUGCUUCAAGCGUGGGCCAGACUAUGCAAGUGCUUGGGACAGGAUUUCUUACCGUAUAUGAGUGUUGUUAUGCCUCCCUUGCUUCAGUCUGCCCAGCUCAAACCUGAUGUAAUCAUUACCUCAGCAGAUUCAGAUAAUGACAUUGAUGAAUCUGAUGAUGAAAGUAUGGAGACCAUCACACUUGGUGAUAAAAGAAUAGGGAUCAAGACUAGUGUUCUUGAGGAGAAAGCCACCGCUUGCAACAUGUUGUGCUGUUAUGCCGAUGAGUUGAAGGAGGGAUUUUAUCCAUGGAUUGACCAGGUUGCCCCAACCCUGGUGCCACUGCUUAAAUUUUAUUUCCAUGAAGAAGUUAGGAAAGCGGCUGUUUCAGCCAUGCCGGAGUUGUUGCGUUCGGCCAAAUUGGCCAUAGAGAAAGGGCUUGCUCAAGGUCGUAAUGAAUCUUAUAUAAAACAACUGUCUGAUUACAUAGUUCCCGCAUUAGUAGAAGCUCUACAUAAGGAACCUGAUACAGAAAUCUGUGCAAGUAUGCUGGAUGCUUUGAAUGAAUGUAUACAGGUGUCUGGGCCACUUUUAGAUGAAAACCAGGUCAGAAGCAUUGUGGAUGAGAUAAAGCAGGUAAUUACAGCAAGUUCAAGUAGAAAAACAGAAAGGGCCGAAAGGACCAAAGCUGAAGACUUUGAUGCCGAGGAAGGAGAAUUGCUUAAAGAGGAAAAUGAACAAGAAGAAGAAGUCUUUGACCAAAUCGGUGAAAUCUUGGGAACACUGAUCAAAACAUUUAAAGCUUCCUUCUUGCCUUUCUUUGACGAGAUGUCAUCCUAUUUGAUGCCUAUGUGGGGCAAGGACAAAACAGCUGAAGAAAGAAGGAUUGCGAUUUGCAUCUUUGAUGAUGUUGCAGAGCAGUGUCGUGAAGCAGCUCUAAAGUAUUAUGAUACAUAUCUUCCUUUUCUUCUAGAAGCAUGCAAUGAUGAGAAUCCUGAUGUCCGACAGGCCGCUGUAUAUGGACUUGGAGUUUGUGCAGAGUAUGGUGGAACUGUUAUAAAACCACUUGUAGGAGAGGCUCUUUCAAGGCUAAAUGUUGUAAUACGACACCCUAAUGCCCUCCAGACUGAAAAUGUAAUGGCCUAUGAUAAUGCUGUUUCUGCUUUGGGGAAAAUAUGCCAGUUUCAUCGUGAUAGUAUCGAUUCUGCUCAGAUUAUUCCUGCAUGGCUAAGCUGUUUGCCAAUAAAAGGAGAUCUUAUCGAGGCUAAAGCUGUUCAUGAGCUGCUUUGUUCAAUGGUUGAAAGGUCAGACAUGGAACUUCUGGGUCCUAACAACCAGAAUAUCCCAAAAAUUGUUUCUGUAUUUGCAGAGAUUCUUUGUGCCGGCAAGGACCUUGCCACAGACCAAACAAUUAACCGAAUAGUCAACCUUUUGAGACAACUCCAACAGACACUGCCUGCUGCUACCUUUGCUUCAACAUAUGCAACCUUGCUACCUCAGCAGCAACUCGCCAUACAAACCGCCCUUACAUCGUAGCAUCAUCACCCAUCAUUUGUAUACACAAGAUGUUUCUACAAAGUUCUGCUACUUGUCAUUCUGGAAACUGCGUCGGUUUUAUGUGUCACCCAUUCUUUGCGCCAUAAGAUGUUUCUGCCAUUGAGUAUUUCAGCAUGAUGUCAUGCAACAACCCCGGAUGGGUUGUUUGGUUGAGUGUGAACAAGACGGGAAGAAAAGUUGCAUAUUUGAUAUUUGCUAUGUAUAUUGUACAACUAUUUUAGAUGUUGGUCAUCUAUGGUUGUAAGGUUUUUUGGGUCGCCAAGAGUUGUAUCAUUAAAGCAACUCUGAUUGGAGUUUUGGGUCAUUUUUCAUUACUUGGAUUGACAAAAUGUGACAUAAAUCCGUCUUUUGGACUUUUGGCUGUUU